AUGGAGAGGAAUGAGUUAAGCAAUGUAGAACAAGGUAACUGGAUGGUGAAAAAGUGUGCAAACAGAAACGGAAAUUGCAGGAGCAAGUGCAGAACUGGAGAGCUACAAAUAAAACCUCAUUCAGGGAUGUGCAACAAGGAAAAAAUGUGCUGUGUUCUGAAUGGCAAAGAGCUUAGUCCUUUGCUCUGUCGUGAUCACGACAUGACUACAACUCCAGGUCCUAUAACUACAAAUGCCCCAGAAGGUGAAGAGACAACUAUGCCGGGGGGCAUGACAACGGCAAAUACGGCGGAAAAGGCAACAGCGGCAAAGGUGACAGGAGCAACGGCAACACGGGCAACAGCGGCAAAAGCGCCCACAGCAGCAGCCACGACUCCUAGCCCUUGA